AUUUAAACAAUUUGACCUUGCAAUUAAUAACUUAAGUUCAGACUUAUAGCUUCUAAUCAUGGCUGAUCCGUCUGAUCUCUUUGCCAAGCACAAGAUUGUGCCAGAUAUUUUGGAUGCGGCACCAAAGUCGCUGCUCAAGGUGACCUACUCUGGUGGCCAAGAGGUGAAUGGAGGCAACGAGCUGACACCCACGCAGGUCAAGAAUGUGCCACAACUUGAAUGGGCAGCCGAGCAAGAUGCGCUCUACACAAUAUUGCUAACGGAUCCAGAUGCGCCCAGUCGCAAGGAGCCAAAGUUUCGUGAGUGGCAUCAUUGGCUGGUCGUCAACGUGCCCGGCACCCAAAUCGACAAGGGCGACGUGUUGAGUGCCUAUGUGGGCUCCGGGCCACCGCAGGGAACUGGCCUCCAUCGUUAUGUGUUUCUGCUGUUCAAGCAGCCGCAAAAGUUGUCCUGCAACGAGCCGCGCAUACCGAAGACGAGUGGGGAUAAGCGUGGCAAGUUCAGCACCGCCAAGUUUGUGGCCAAAUACAAGCUGGGCAACUGUGUGGCUGGGAACUUCUUCCAGGCGCAGUACGAUGAUUACGUGCCCAAAUUGUAUAAGCAGUUAUCUGGCAAAUAACAACAUAAUCUGGCCUAAAACAUUUUGUAUCAAUUUCACGCUGUUCUUGUCGACAAUUAAAAAUGAAAAAAAUCUCGUGCAUUGGAAAAACGUUGCAGUUGCAG